UUCGCAACAUGGCGCCGGCGGGCAGCGCCAACCUGCCGUGGGUGGAGAAGUACCGUCCGCAGGCGCUGUCCGAGCUGGUGUCUCACCGGGACAUCCUCAGCACCGUGCAGCGCUUCAUCAGCGAGGACCGGCUCCCCCAUCUGCUCCUCUAUGGGCCGCCCGGUACCGGGAAGACAUCCACCAUCCUGGCCUGUGCCAGGCAGCUGUACCGGGAACGGGAGUUCGGCUCCAUGGUGCUGGAGCUCAACGCCUCCGAUGACCGAGGCAUCGACAUCGUCCGAGGGCCCAUCCUGAGCUUUGCCAGCACCAGGACCAUCUUUAAGAAAGGCUUCAAGCUCGUCAUCCUGGAUGAAGCUGAUGCCAUGACCCAGGAUGCUCAGAACGCCCUGAGGAGAGUGAUCGAGAAGUUCACAGAAAACACUCGGUUUUGCCUCAUCUGCAACUACCUCUCCAAGAUCAUUCCUGCCCUGCAGUCCCGCUGCACCCGCUUCCGCUUUGGCCCCCUGACCCCGGAGCUGAUGGUGCCGCGGCUGCAGCACGUCAUCCAGGAGGAGGGGGUGGACGUGACCGAGGACGGGAUGAAGGCUCUGGUGACGCUCUCGAGCGGGGACAUGCGCCGGGCCCUCAAUAUCCUGCAGAGCACCUCCAUGGCCUUUGGGAAGGUGACAGAGGAGAAUGUUUACACCUGUACGGGACAUCCCCUCAAGUCUGACAUCGCCAACAUCCUCGACUGGAUGCUGAACCAGGAUUUUUCCACUGCCUACCGCAAAAUCACAGAGCUGAAGGCGCUGAAGGGCCUGGCCCUGCAGGAUAUCCUCACUGAGAUCCAUCUCUUUGUGCACAGAGGUGGGGACAGGGUCUGGCUCUGGAUCAUCCUGGAGAGCCCAAACUUGCCCCUGGCCCUCACCGAGUGUUUCCUUCUCUCCACAGUUGACUUCCCCCCCUCCAUCCGCAUGCAGCUGCUGAUCAAGCUGGCAGACAUCGAGUACCGCCUGGCAGCUGGCACCAGCGAGAAGAUCCAGCUGAGCUCCCUCAUCGCCGCCUUCCAGGUCACCAGGGACCUGGUGGUGGCUGAAGCCUGAGUCCUGCCGGGUGCAUCUGCUGCUGGAUUUGGGAAGGACCAUCAGCCCCAUGCCCAGAGCUGUUCCAUGCAGCUUCCCAGUUCCUUUCUGGAAGCCUUGAGUGCAUAGGCAGGCUAAAAAGGUUGUUAAAAGGUAGCAUUAUUCCCAAGCUCCAUGGGAAAAUACAGGUGCCUCCAAAGCCCA